AUUAUUCCGUCUGUGUGAAUUCUUGACAGCCGGGAAUUAUAUUCACGUUCUCGUGUCGGCAUCGUUCAUGAGUUUUUAAAACACCCGAAAGCCAGUGGAUACCGAUAAAGUGAAUGUCAAUGUGACGGGUGUGAAAGUGCCAAAACGAAAAGGAGAAAACACGGAAAGUUAUGAUCAAUGCGAUUUCUAGCGUUCAACAACGAUUGAAUUGAUAGUGGAAGCGCAAAACAUACAACACUCGGCGAAGUUAGAGGAGAAUAACAGAGAAAAUGCAAACUAAUUCACUGAAUCUAACCUCAAACGUCGUAUGUGAUAAUCAAAACAAAUCUACCAUUUAGCGCAGUGGUUGUUUCAGGCAGUGUGUUAAUAUUGGUUGGAUUUUGUGCUUUAGUGUUUAUCUUGUGGUUUGUUGGUGCCUUGUAGGUUUUCGGCAUUCUGCCAAUCGUCAUUAGUUAUAAUUGCUGGCGUCAAAAAGUUCGUAAUUUCGUCACCUCCUUCUAACCCAUCAGCCAGGGUACAGGGGCCGAAAGCGAAGUACGAACUAUCUGAUACGCAAGCGAGUUGGCAGUCCCUUGGUUACAUAAUUGAGGUUUUAUACCAUUGUAACUACGUGGUCAACCAAAAAACCAACACCCGUCACCAUGACUUCGUUCGGCGUCUGGGACUACGUGGUAUUCGUGGCCAUGCUCCUCGUAUCGGCCGGCAUCGGCGUCUACUACAGGUUCUCGGGUGGCAAGCAGAAAACCACGAUGGAAUACCUGCUCGCCGACCGGAACAUGCCCAUCUGGCCCGUCUCGUUCAGUCUGAUGGCCAGCUUCAUGUCGGCCAUCACGCUGCUGGGCGUUUCCAACGAAAACUACCAAUUCGGGACGCAGUUUGUGGUGAUCAACAUUUCCUACGGCCUAGCCACUCCGAUUGCAGCGUACCUAUUCCUGCCAGUAUUCUUCAAACUGCAGGCCUGCAGUGCAUAUGAAUAUUUAGAAAUACGCUUCGGCAAGAAGACGCGCCUGGCGGCUUCGUUGGCCUACACGCUACAAAUGAUCCUGUACAUGGGCAUUGCAGUGUACGCUCCGGCCCUGGCCCUGCAGGCAGUUACCGGUCUGGAUCAAACCUAUUCCAUUUUGGCGAUCGGGAUAGUUUGCACCUUUUACUCAACGAUCGGUGGCAUGAAAGCGGUUCUGCUCACCGACGUAUUCCAGUCGAUCCUGAUGUUUGCCGCAAUCUACGCGGUGAUCAUUUGUGCCGCUGUUCAAGCCGGAGGAUUCGGUCCAAUCUGGGAAGCUGCGGAGAAAGGCGGCCGGUUGGAGCUAUGGAAUUUCGAUCCGGAUCCUACGACACGACACACCUGGUGGUCAUUGGUCAUCGGCGGAAUGUUCACUUAUCUGUCGCUGUACGCAGUCAAUCAGACGCAGGUUCAACGAUUGCAAACUGUGAAAGAUCUCAAAUCAGCUCAGCGUGCCUUGUGGCUCAACUGGCCAAUCCUUUCGUUGUUGAGUCUGAGCACCUCCUUCAGUGGUCUUUGCAUCUAUUAUUUCUACAGUACCUGUGAUCCUCUGAAGCAAGGCCGCAUCAAAGUUCGGGACCAAACCAUGCCGCUGUUUGUAGUAGAUGCCAUGGGAAAUCUGCCCGGCCUUCCAGGUCUAUUUGUGUCUGGAAUUUUCUCCGCUAGUUUGUCAUCGGUUUCAGCAGCUCUCAACUCAUUGGCUGCUGUCACCUUGGAGGACUACAUGAAACCUAUGUACGCUAAAAUUAAGAAGCGACCCCUGCCCGACAUGCAGUCUAGCUACCCUACGAAAAUUAUGGCUUUCCUGUACGGAAUGAUAUGCUUGGGAGUUGCUUUCCUAGCCCAGUUCAUGGGUGGCGUACUACAGGCCUCUCUAACCAUAUUCGGAGUUGUCGGGGGACCACUGUUUGCCCUUUUCUCGAUGGGAAUGUUUACGAAGCGAGCGAAUCAACGGGGCGUAAUCACCGGUCUCGGACUCGGCAUAGCAAUAUCACUUUGGAUAGGUUUCGGUCAACCAAGGCCUCCACCGAAGAUGUUGGACUUUUCAGUCGAAAACUGCGAUCGCUUUGGUGGUUACAACAGCACGCUACCAAUGGUGAUGGCACUGAAAGCAGACCGACCCGAUUCGGACUACUUCUACCUAUACCGGCUAUCCUAUCUUUGGUCGGUGGUCAUAGGAUAUAUCGUAACCUUUGUGAUAGGCUACGGAACCAGUCUGAUCUUAAUAUGGUUGGGAUAUCAAGGAAAAGAUCGAAUUUACCUUGAUAGCAGCAAAACCUGCAUCAAUACGGAUUUAUUCUCACCACCGAUUGCCAAACGAAUGAGGAGAGCCCUUGCCAAACACAUCGAGAAUGGAGGCGAUAUUGAAAUCACCAAACGUAACGGAAUUAUCAAAUCGGAUUUCACCCACCUUUGAUGACCCUUGAUCCAUUUCAUCAUUCACUAUAGCAAAUCUAGACUGACCGUACCUUCAUAGAGGAGGUUAAACCGUUGAAAGUUCUGUCCGAAAGUGAUUGGCGCGAUGAUGUGUGAUCUUCCUGCCAUACCCGGUCCUGCUCAUUUUCAUCUAAUCACCCAUCGACCGUCUCACAGCUGCUAUUGCACAAAACUAGAGGAUUCUAGAACCAAAACGCAUUUUACAGUAUGAGAGAAAGGGAACAAAACAGAAGUCUUCCAAGAAGGAUUGUCCUAACGAUUAACAAUAAUGUUAGAGAUUUUAUUUUUGUUCAGUAGUAGUUAUUAGGUGCAAAAAGUGCGAAACUGAUUUACUUAAAAGUGUUUGUCGGAGCGUAUCCGUUUCAAAUGGAAUUAAUUUAUUAUCAAACGAAUGUCGUAACGGCGUUGAGUGGCGCAAGUGGGCCACCAACACUGUAGUGCUGUUAGCUUUCAGUGUUUCUGUUUUAAAUGGUGCGAUGUUUGAAACAACUGUGGUAUAAUUAUGCUGUUUUUUAGGAAAUAAAUGUGAACCCGAAAUAUAUAUAUAUAUAUA